CACACGAAGGGUUCACUAAAACUACACAAAAACCUUCAUUUGCGGGUCAAGUCGUUUGUCUGCGAGUUUGUCGACUGCGGACAGGCGUUCGCGCGCGUCGAGCAAUUGGACAAACAUACGUUUGAAGUGCAUACCGGAGUCAUGCCAUACCAGUGCCAGUGGCCCGGAUGUGGUUAUCAAACGUGUUAUAGACAGCGAUUGCAUUUACAUAAACGCAAACACACCGGAGAGAAGCCAUUCCGGUGCGAAUGGGACGGAUGCGAGUCCAGUUUCACUGAAGCCCACCAUUUGAAAGCACACGAACGCAAGCAUACGGGCGAACGGCCGUACGGGUGCGAGUGGCCGGGCUGUGAGCGCCGCUACAAGAAUCGACAGGCGAUGCGCUUUCAUAUGGAUAGAGUCCAUAAGAAAGAGCUCACCGAUGAGGACGUCAUUAUGGACGACGACCACCACGUGAUGGUAGAAAUCAAGUUAUCGUAGAAAUUGAUGGCAUUUGUAGCACAUUUUAGGCCCCAUUUUGACCCCAAAUUAUUGA